CAUAUCUUACAGCUGUUCCUUCACUCACCUCCAGUUGCCGCUAAGUGAGCUGGACAGUGGCAGAAUUGGUUCCUCUAAAACAUUACUCUUUUGUUCUUAAUUUAAUUCUGAAGUCGAAGAGGUAGAGGAUUUGGAAACUUAAGGAUGACAUCUCUAAAGUUGAUUUUCAUAUUUGCCCACAUUUUGGUGCCCAUUAUGGGUCUCUCUGAGCUGGGGUUUGAGUUCUGUGUUGAAACCACAGUCAGCAGUGUUUACUUGGGAGUUCAACCCGGAUACUGUACCUGGAUAAUAUCUAAUCAAGGUGGGUGGGUCGCAGUCAAUGCUGGUAUUCCGUGCUCAUCAGUCCUUCAACAAACUUCAGGUGGAUUAGGAGACAUAUUCUGUAUGGCAUGGAGUGAAACUAAUCACACCUUCUACUUUAAACAUGGAGAUUUUUCUCUGCAACAUCCUUGCUCUCCAUUAAACAAUGAGUGCUGUGCAGAUUACACCAUUGUGAAUGGAACAACUGGCCAGCUGAUGACCGUGUCUGUAGUGAACGGGACUGGCAUCUCCAGUAGGCAGUAUCAGUCAUUCAACAUAAGUGGGACUAAUCAGAACUGCAACGCUCCAGUGAAUACAACCAACAGCUGUACAUCUAUAGAGAUGCUAAACUGCCUGGAAAUUUGGGCUGUCUUCUCACAGACACAAAGCAGUUCUUCAAUGUACCUUGAAGCUCCCAUCAACUACCUAAUAAAUUGUUCAUGUUCUACAUCUCAAUUAAUAACAUUCAGAUUCCUACAAGAGAUGGAAGACCAUCUAUUUCAGUGGCAAUUCACUGGACAAGAGGCCACAAUUCAAAUGCUAAAUAUGAUUGCUUCAGUUAUAAAAAUUUCAGUCAAUAACUUCACUGGGCUUUCAUUUGGAACAGAUUUACAGAGUGCAUUUUACAACAACACAAAUAUUGGAAAUUUAACAACAGUAGUAACACUUCCUCCAGACAUCUUCAAAAACUUCAAGGAAGCAAAUGAUUUAAAAAUUUUAUUUGCAGCAAUCUGGAACGCAAGUUUGUUUCAGGAUAAGAACAUGUUCCCCUUGGUGAAUAAUCUGGUGAUCUGGGUUGUGGUGGAGAAUAUCACCAUCUCUAAUCUCAGCAAUCCUGUGCUCAUCAAGAUCUUCAUCCCAACCUCCUUAAUGAAUACCAAAAAGAUAUUGGAGUGUGUUUAUUGGCUGCCAGGGCUAAAUGAUGCAGGCAACUGGAGUACUUUGGGCUGUACCACCUUAGUUGAGGACAAUGUUGUUACCUGCGGUUGUCAUCAUCUCUCCAAUUUUGCUGUUCUGAUGAAACCUUAUGAUCUAACAGACCAGCAAGAAAAGGAAAGUGACACCCUAACCUACAUCUCAUACAUUGGCUGUGGGCUAUCAGCUUUUUUUAUGACCGUUGUCAUUUUAGAUCAGCCCAUUUCCUCUGCUAUGUCACAACAAACGUCAAUUGACCAGUCCUGGUUCAUCCAUCUCAGCUUGGCAGGAGCUCUUCUCCUUCUCAACAUUGGUUUCCUCUGCAGUGCAGCUAUACCUGCUAUUCGGAGCAUCAGCUGGCUUUGCACCACCACAGGCCUGUUCCUUCACUUCUUCCUUAUCUGCACCUUCACCUGGAUGGCUCUUGAAGCCUAUCAGAUGUUCAUGCUUAUGUGUAGACGAAAUCAUACCAGUUUGAAGGCCUACGGUCUGAAAGUCUGCUUUGUUGGCUGGGGUGUGCCUGCCCUGAUUGUGCUCUCUAUUGUUACAAUUAAAAGAGAUUCUUAUGGUGUCAAUGGAGAUAUGUGUUGGGUCACAAAUAAUAUUGUGACCUACGUAUCUGUAAUUGGAUACUUUGGACUAGUGUUCAUCUUUACUACUGGAGUGUUGGCUGCUGUUCUCUGUAAACUAACCAAAAUAUGGCUGGCAAGCAAGCAGGCUAUGAAAGAGAAGAGAAGUAGCUGUGAGUACGCAAGCACAUUUCUGGGACUUGUCUGCCUGCUAGGGACCACUUGGGGACUGGGCUUCUUCCUCAUUGGAUCGCAAAAUGUGACAGUUGAAUACUUAUUCACUAUACUAAACUCAUUUCAAGGAUUUUUCUUAUUUAUCUGGAUUUGCAUUCAUAAAAACAAGGGAAACAAGUUCUUCUUAGAAGAAAGAAAAGAACAAAGUGCAGUUGCUGAAGUUCAAGAGCAAAACUAAUUCUGAAACCAGCACAACUUGAAAGUGGAAGGACAAAAUAAAUUCAAAUGGUGUGACUUAUAAGAAGAAAUGAAAGUGAAAAAGAAAGUGGAUGACCAAAGAUCUUAAAAUAUCUGAGAAAGUGUAGAAAGUAGAAGCUUUUAGCUAGCCUAACUAGUUUUAAUUUUACUUAGCAGAAUUUAAAUGAAAAGAUACUUUUAAUUCAAUGAUUUCAAUGAUAUUUUGUUUUUAAUUUAAUCAUAGCAGGAGCUUUUAUUAUCCAUUAAUUACUGUUAUAAAAUGUAAUGGAAGGUUUUAUGGAACCUACUGUUUUGUUAAAAUAGCAUUUAUUAUUUUCACAAUUCUUAACUGUUUGCUAAAAUAAUAAAGCUAUAAAUGUAAACUAUGAAGUUGCAGUCGUUGUGAAUGUGCUUUAUAUUAUUAAGGUUAUAGUUUAUAUUGUGUGUUAAGGUUUAUAGUUAACUAUACCAAAUAAGGACAUUUGCCUGAAAAAUCUAAUGGGAAGUGAGAAAACUGCAGUCAUAUAAAUUAACUUGUAAAUAUUUUACACUAAAUAUUAAUCCCAAUUAAGCAUCUUGUUAUACAAAGACAUUGUGGUAGAUUACACAGUGCUGUGUUAUCAAUUUCUGAGCUUUCGAUUUAAUUUACUGUAUGCAAUUAAAACCUUUUGAUAGUGCUUAGAUAUUAAAUUUAUAAUGCAACAGAAUAAACAAAGUUGGAAAAAAUAUGAGUCUGAAAUGAGUUAUCUUUUAGUAACAAAUAAAGUGUGCCUGUUCCCCCUUCAAUAUACUGGGCUAAUAAAAAUAUAAGCAAUACUUUCAUCAAAGGUGCAUGAAGACACAUCUUGUGAUGGAUAAAGAAUCAUAAGUGGUGAGAGCAAAGAAAGAUUGCCAGUCAUGGACUGGAAAGUAGUGUAGGCAGUCAUUAAUUCAAGAUAUCUGCUUAGUGUUUCCAUUGCGUAGAAGAUCAUUUCUGCAUUACUAUUUUGCUGUCAUAUAAGCACAUUCAACGUAAUACUUUUAAGGUAAUGGAUCAGCACAGCUCACUGCAGUUAUCAAUACAAUUAAAUGAAAAAGUUAACAUUAUUCAAUGAACUUUGAUAUGUGUAUCUGUAGGGAUUUUACAAAAUCUCUUAAUCAUCCUAAAUAAGUACCAUCUGCAAAUAUUAAGAAUUUGUGUGUUAUGUUUUUCUUCUAACAAUCUAUACAAAUUUAAAGAUUGGGCUUUGACAAAAACACUGAGAUCUCUGAUGGUUUGUAAUUAAUGUUUUUCUAUCUGCUGUUUUAUAAUUUGCUUUCAUCAGUUACCAUAUAAGCAAAUUAGUUAAGUAAAUUUUAACUAUCAGUAUCCCUCUAACUAACACUUAAAAUUACAGCAUAAUGUUUUAAAUGAGGGCUGUUUGGCUUUAGAAAACAUAGUAAAUGCAGUAUACUUUGUAAUGCAUUUUCAAACCUAUACAAUUUACUUUAA